AUGGGCGGCUUAGUCGUCGAUGUUUCCGACAUCUACGAUCACGUUCAAAGAGUCACGUUGACGCCUGAAGGAGUGGUUGAGUACGCCAAAAAGUCGAGCUGGGAGCAUUUCCACGUCGAAGAUGAGAUAAUCAGGGAUAAAAGCAAGGCAGACAAUUUGGCGAAGCUGUUGGUCUUCGUCCAGGUGACGUGGACAUUGCUCCAGUGCAUAUCACGUCGUGCAGUUGGCUACCCAUUAACCAUCCUCGAGGUCCAUACUCUUGUGCACGCCCUUUGUGCCAUGCUCAUGUACGCAUUCUGGUUCCGAAAACCGCUGAAUAUAAAGGAUCCAACGAUGGUGGAUACUGGUGCUUCUCCUGAAAGGAUAGCACUUGAGCUGAUGAGGCAACAUGGGUCUGCUUGCAAGCCGUUUACACGUUGGGAGGGGUCUCCCCGACUCGGCAGUGAAGGAUCGCUUCCAUGUGUGCUUUUACACUUCGAUCAUACAUUCUGCGAAGCCUGUUUACUCAUCUUCGAUACACACCGGCAACAACUUGACUCAGAACAGUUAUCCAACAACGACCCUACAAUCAUGUCCAUCCUUGAACACAUCCCUCCUAGACAAAAUAUGUCAAAUAAAAGCGAUAACUGUGUUAGCAUCCAGCAGGCUGUGCCUACGGCGGCGGCAAUACCACAGGCAAGGAUUCUGGUUACAGGGCAAACACUCAGUUCAGGCGUUGGUCCCGCAGCUUGGUCGACGGCGAAGCCAUCGCGAACCCGCUCAACCGUGGCAACCUUGUUUUUAAUCCUCGAGGCCAAAUUAUUGAGAUUGCACAGACCGGACCACGUUGGACCGGAUGUUGUCGAAGUUGAACCAGACCUGAAGAUCCUUCUAAUACAGGGAGCUAAGACUGUAAGAGGGGAUGCUGAUUCAGUGCGCAACUUUCCUGACUGGCGGAUCAGGAACAGAAUCUGCCACAAGAUGGCAAUAUCUCUAUCUCGAAAAGACAUGCUACGCUGGCAGCGUGCAGGAGUUGCUUAUGCUCAAGAGAUCUCAGAAAUGGAUCUAACUGAAGGCAUCAAUCUCGACCCAGCAAGUAUCUGCAGAUUGCGCUCUUUGCACGGUUUGGUAGAUGGCAAAAGGACUGAUCCGAUGAACACCUUCGUCCUUCGAUCGCCAAAUCUCUCAUCUGAGGCGGCAUCCGAUAUUUUCGAUAUCGAAGAUGGAGGUAUGUUCUGGAGUGCGUCCUUGUCGUUGGGACUGGUUUCUGGGGCAUAUGCCGCUGUUCAUCUGGCCUUAUGGAACUAUGGGUUCCCCACGGGGGUUGAAGGUCUCUUGUGGAAGAUCUCAUGCUGUACGCUGGUUGCUCCAUUUGGCAUUCUCAUCUGCCUCUUCUUCGGCUUUCUACCCUGCUAUGCAGUUUGGAAGUAUAUUGAAGAACUCUUCCAUGACCCUCAACAACCAGAGAAUCCCAGUCAGUCCCCGAAGACCGAUCCGCGUGGAACAAGUUCAGGUGCACUUCAAGGCUUGAGGUUCACUGUGGACCUCCUGGUUUCCCUGGCGCUUUUUUGCCUCGCUUAUCUCGGUCUGUUUCUAUUCGGCGUUGUCAUCUGUGCUGCUCUCAUUCUAUAUUUAUUUUCGAGGCUCUACAUCGUCGUGGAGUCAUUGCUGAGUCUGCGGCGCGUUGAAGCAGGCGUGUACGACACGGUCCCCUGGGUUCAGGCGUUUCCUCAUUUCUGA